UCGGGCUCCUUCCUCGUCGGGGCGGGGACGGCUGCCGAUCUCACAUCUCUUUCUUUGUCACACUUCUGCAGUGAGUCAACUUCAACGAGCUGCUCGCGGUUCAUUCUUCUCAUGGACUCACAGGCUGUUGCUGUGUGCGUGCGCGCGCGCGCGCGCAUGCGUAAGCGGAGCACCGUCUCCCCUACCCUCCACCUGUUCAGUCGCCUCCGCUCCCGGGUUAUGCCUCGCUAGAGACGCCGUCCGCGCUGAAGAUGUGCGCCGACGAAGAAGCAGGGCGUAACUGUCAAGUGAAACGGAGAUGCUGCACCGCCGCGUGCCAGCUGCUCCCGCACUUCUGUCUCAUCUUGUCCCUGGUGGGCUACGCCGUACUCGGAGCGUUGCUCUUCAGGCACAUCGAGGGUGGCCAGACCUCGCCGGACCCCCUCUACGACUUGUUUGUUACAAGACUGUGGAACAUCUCGAGGAACCACUCGUCGGAUGAUGAAGACGCGUGGCGACAGGCGUUCAUGGAAGACGCCAAGAUUAGGAUCUCCAAAGAUUUCGAUGUGCAGUGGCUUCAGAAACCGGAACAGUGGAAUUUUUUCGGCUCGCUUUUCUUUUGCUGCACGGUCUUUACAACGGUUGGUUACGGCCAUAUCUACCCAAUCACUGGAGCUGGGAAAGUGGCCUGCAUGGUGUACGCCAUGAUCGGCAUCCCACUCAUGCUCUUUGUCAUCGCAGACGUCGGAGAUGUACUGGCGGUCAUCUUCUCCCGAUCCUACAACCGCCUCAGGAAGCUUUACUCGAAGAACAAGCCUUUACUCCCAAAGCUGUGUCCAUCCCAACGGAAGCCUCGGGAGAACAUGCCACUCCAUGCAUACUCCUUCACCAGGGACAUGGUGGCCAUCAAAGAGCCAAUGAGCAUCACACAGGUCCUGAGCACACAGUCUACCAUCAAGAGGAAGUCGCUGCAGCUGAAGAAUGCUGAGAUCUUUGACAAGAUCAUCGCCAGGGAGAACAUUCCAGUGGGCAAGCUGAUGAGGAGCACCUCCUGCCCUGAGCUGGACCGCCUGCAUAAGCCUUCUCCCUUUUCCAUGUGGGAUUUUACAGGAAUAGGAGAGGAGCUGGACAAGUUGGACGUGCCGGUGACCCUCAUCGUGGUGGUCAUCCUCACGUACAUUUUUCUGGAGGCGAGUAUUCUCCGUCUCUGGGAAGAUCAGUGGACUUUCUUUAGUGCCUUUUACUUUUGUUUCAUCACAUUGACCACAAUUGGUUUUGGAGACAUUGUGCCCAACCAUCCCAAAUAUUUCAUGGUCACCUCCUUUUUCAUCAUUGUUGGCAUGGCCAUCAUGUCCAUGGCGUUCAAACUGGGCCAGUCCAGAAUAAUCAGCUGCUACAGGAAGCUGAUUCAACUCAUCAGCGGUGGAAAGGUGAAGAACCCUGAGUGACGUCAAUGCAGCGGGCGAGUUUUGUGUUUUCUCAGCUUCUGCACAUCGACUUCCAUGGAUGACUGUGUUCACUGCUUGCUGUACGGUCAGCUGUUUGUAGAGUGACGCAGCGCAUGUGGCCAAGCGAGUGACAAAAAUGACCUCAGGGAUAUGAAUGAAGCAAGCAUGGCAUACAGACGCAUAUGAAUGGGGCGUCCUAUUAGUCUUGCGCCAGCAUCCUGAGAUGGCAGGAUGAGUUUUCUUGAGCUGCUGUUUAUUGAGUGUAUGACAUUGUGAUACUGAAUCUGGCCUUUAGGGGGCGACAGAUGCAUAUCUCAGUUCUAUCCUGAACAUGGUCUUUCAUUACUAGAGGGGACAGGAGCACGGCAGGACACCAGCCACAGACAGGAUGCCAGUCACUCACAGGGCACACUCACACAUUUACUCACAGUUUACCAGCUUGUCUUUUGGAUGGAGGGUUGAAAACAGAGAAGAAGGAGGAAACCCACAUAUGAUUUGAGGAGUCUGUAAAGAUUCAAGGUCUGAAGAGUUAUGAGCUUAACUACCAUGCCACCCUCUCCAUACUGUGAGUGGGCCAGAAUCAGAAUUCAGAUGUCUGGAAUUAGGGAGGCAGGAGUGCUACCUGCUGUGCCACCAUGGCACACAUCCCCAUACAAAGAGUGAGUAGGCCAUGAAUUGAACUCAAGUCUCUAGCUUUAGGAGGCACAGGGGAGAACCACUAUACCAUCCUACCAUUACUGACAAUGAGUGGGACAGGAAUAGAGCCCAGUUCUCUGGUGUUACCUGCUGGUGGUGUUAACCACUAUACCUUACAUCACAAAUACAAAGCUUCAGUAGGCCAUGAAUUGAACCCACAUCUCAGGAUUUGGGAAUCGGGGGCAACUGCCACUUUGCCACCCUUCCUCAAACAGUCAUUAAGUGGGCUAUAAAUUGAACCAAGAUCACUGGAAUUAGCAGACAGCCGUGCUAACCGGGGUACACUUCUCCAGAGUAGGCUAUAACUCAGGUCUCUAGAAGUGCUCGCCAUUAUGCCACACUACCCAAUACAAACUCUGAGUAGGCUCUGAAUUGAAUCCAUGUCUCUACUGUUAAAGGGCUGAAGCACACACCACUGUGCCAUUCUUUCCAAUACUGAUAAUAAAUGGGCCAUGAGUUGAGCCCAGAGCCCUUGGGUUAGGAGUGCCAGUUACUAGGUCACCUUGCCCAUCUGUAUCUGCGAGUGGCACCUUCAGGACAAAAGUAAGAAGUUAAAUUAGCACCAGUGGAGACAAUGCUAGAACAUGCCUACAUACCCACAGGAGAACACAAAGUGCCAUAAUGGGAACUGAUGUUGGUAAAUUUAUAGAGCACAUUGCCUUUUACCAUUCAGACCUACUCACCUCCAUAAUGGUUUACUCACCUUAACUUUGAUCACCCUUGCAACACGUGGCUUCUGUGCCAGCGCCUAUCCCUUCUGUGUCAACGUCACACGUUCUCCCCAUGUCAACCUGGUCUUCCACUGCUGCCCGACAUUA